UCGUCCGUCAUUUAGUCAUCAACCGCCGAGUUGAAGAGAGUUCGCACCGAUCUCGCGCUCGCCCGUGAUUUUGUAGUGAUUUGUGAUAUUCGUUAGUGUUAAUCGUGCAGACCAUGCUGCCCCUGCUAGCCUUUGCCUUAAACGCGAAAAUUUUCCCACAGAGUCACAGCGGCAGCAGGUCACAUAACUGGAGCUGGAACUGCAGCAGCAGUAGGCGCCUUCUGCUCUUGAUAAUGACCCUGGCUGCCCUAAUGCCACUGCCACAGGCCCGCCACCUGCACGACCAGGUAGCUCUGGAUUACGCCUAUGACGAAGAUGCCUCCGGCUUAGCCCGAUCAGCGGCCGCCUCCAUCACUUCCUCCUCCUCCUCAUCAUCUUCAGCGGCAGAGAGUCUGCCGGCGUGGAAUGUCAACCCCUUCCACGGACUGGAGGCCAGCUUCGGUGAGGGCAGCUACGAUAAUGAUGUGAGCCUGAGCGAGAGCAGCUACGAGGAGAUCGCCCAAGUGGCCAUGAGGGCCGCCCGGCGGGAACUUCGCCGACAACGCACCCGCCACGCGCGCAGCCACAGCCUGCGUCUCUUCUCCAGCACCCCACAGGCGCCCGAAUGGGAGAACCCUUGCGGGGGCAUCUAUCAGCCGGACGAGAGCCUGCCCGCCGAGGCGGACAGCUCCAGCCAGGGACGAGUGAUCAAGAGAAAGCACCUGGUCGCCUUGCGGAACAUCACCAUGAGCGAGUACCAAUUCAUCCGCAGCAGCGCCAAACUGGAGUACGGCAACUACCAGCACUGGCAGCGCGAGUACAAGUUCCUGCCAAACAUGACGCGGCCCACAAAUGCGGUGAAGCUGAAGACCUGGUACCGCAACAUGCAGACCUUCGUGGGCAGCUUUUCGUACCUGGGGCGGGCACAGUACAAGUACCGCAAGGAGCAUCAGCAGAACCUCAACGCCGUCACACACGAGCUGCAUGAUCUGCUGGUCAGCGCGCGCAGCAUGCUCUGCGAGAUCGAAACGACCAUCAACGCCUCCUACCCGAACAGCAACGGGGCGAAACUGAGCCGCGUCAGCCGGGCGGCGAUGCUGGAGCGAUUGCGAUUCCAUACGCCCCCCGACGGGAGCCAGGAGGCGGACGAGAGAGACCUCAAGGUCAGCAAGGAGCUCUACAUCCAGUACCUUGACAACGUAUGGAAGACACUUCGCCGGGCCCUGCGAAAGCAGCACCGCAACAGCCAGGAGCGGCGCCAACAAGUGGGAGCUGGAGCGGCGUCGGGUGUCGGAGCCGGACCUGGAGCAGGUUCUCUGCGGCAUUCCAGUUUUGAAAGCAUCGAGCUUGGUUCCUCCAAUGCGGCCAUGGUCAACGGAUCUGACUGCGUCGGCAGUGGGUCGGUAGAAUGCUGAGCCUGAACCAUAGUCACGCUUAAUCCUGCUUCAGCCCCAACCCCAGCCCAAGUCCCAGUCCCGCCCUGUGCGCCUCCUCCAGUAUUAGAGCCAAGCGAAUGCUGUGCACAGUCUGUAGUUCGUAGUACCUCCUUUUGUUGUUCCAGCUGCAGCAUUCCAAGCCGCUUCUAAGCCAAAAACACACAAAGAGAGACACACAAACCGAAAGAGAAAGAUAAUGAGAAAGAGAUAGAGAUAUAAGUCGCUACGUAUAGAAAAAGAAUGACACAGGGAGAGAGAAGAAUUUUGUCGAAUGCCAUUUUAGAAUUUUACUUAGCAUUUAUUAUAACUUAUUUAUUGAGCAAAAUCCAUGCCACGAGCUUUCCAAACUCGUAUUCCUAGUAUUAUCAUCUCCAUUCCGCCUUUGCCAUCCCAUCGAAAACCAUUCGUCACUAUUUAUUUCCCAUUGGAAGUACUCCUUAGUAUUUUCGUAUUCGUAUUUUUUUGUUCUAUUUUUAAUAAUUUAUUUAUUUAUUUAUUAUAUUUAUAUUUAUUAAUGAGCCGCGAGUGCCCCUCGCCACUCCCCGUAACAAAGAAAACCAACAACAAACAAAAAAAUGCUUAAAUCUACUGUGAUUUAUUUUAAGUAAUUUUUUUGAAUAGUUCUUAGUGAAUGAUGAAUAAAUCUUGUAAAUGAAAAUAAGAAUCCAGCGACAGAGGUGAUGUGCCGUUGUCCCUGGCUGGUUAUUGAAUCGCCAUGAAAUCUCUGUGAAAUAAAAACUGAGCAAAGAAA